AGGCGUUUUAAAUGUGCUCGGCGGUCGAGUGUUGUAGCCUAGAGGUCAGACAUCCAUCACAGCCGCCCGAUGCGGAAUGGAGCCGUCACCCACCCAUCUGUUGGCUCUGUCUGUCUGUCUGUCUGUCUGAUACGCCUUAACGCCUAAAAACACGACACUAACUGGCCGCGCUCGCUGCCUGGACGCUGCGCUCGCCUUUGUUUUGGCCAAACUCGAAUAAUGCAAACUGCGGGUUGAUCAGAUCGAGUUUGCGAACAAAGACCACAUCUCCGAUGCGCUAAAAGCGAGCCAAUUCCACCUUAAAUGCCAUUUGCGUCUGUGGCGGAGACCUGGGCGCCAUCUUCGGUCUACCUUAAGCGCACAAUGUGGCCAACGAAAGCAAACGUACCAGCCAGGCUUCCGUCCUCAUUCUCCUGCCGGGGAUCGCACUCUGGCUCCCAAGCUUUGACACAGCGUCACUCGUGAAACAACAGACGGGGAAAAGAAGCACCCGGCCCAAACCCCAUCCGCACCGGCACCAGGAGAAGAUGUCUGAGCCCAAUAAGUACCGAGAGUGGAUCCUGGAAACAAUCGACUCUCUCCGCUCGAGGAAAGCCCGUCCGGAUCUGGAGAGGAUUUGUCGAAUGGUCCGGAGAAGACACGGGUCAGACCCGGACCGAACCAGGACAGAGCUGGAAAAACUGAUUCAAGAGCAGACGGUGCUCAAAGUUAGCUACAAGGGGUCCAUAUCGUACCGAAACGCGGCGAAGGUGCAGAGGAAAAGCAGAAAGAAGAGUGAGUUUACGGCGGCUGGCGGCGGUGGCGGCGGCGGCGGCAGCGGCGGCGGCGGCAGCAGCAGCGCGGAGGCAGCGAGGGAGCGGACCAAACACGACCAUCUGAACAACAACGGCGACAGCGCGCACAGCUUCACCGAUCAGGAGGAGGCAGAGGAGGCAGAGGAGGACUCGGAGCCCAGCCCAGGUCCCCACGCUCAAACCACCCAAACACCAGCCAGCGCCGCCGGCAAGAAGCUCAAGCCUGCUUCCAGCCGAAGUAGCGGAAACGCUUGCCUCAGUUGUGGCGCAACAACGGGCUGCGCUGUCGGGAGCGGCUGUAAAGAGGAAAAAGCAAGUGCACCGAGAGACAAGGGAUUAGGACAGCAGGGAGCGGGGGGCUGCCCGUCGCCCGCUCCGGGCCACAGAACAAGCGCACACGACGCCGGCGAUGGCGGCGGGACGACGCCGAGCAAAGCCGAUGCUGUUCGCGGCGGAAAGGAGCCUGGUGUGUCCGGAGCUGACACCCAGAACAAAACUUGCUCGGGGAGCGUCGGCAGCCUCCCUCCGCAGCAGAAGCAGACCGUGCCCCACAAGCCCAAACUUCGAGUCGGCGCGGGGGGCACCAAAACAGCGGGGAGCCACCCCAACUCCGACCUGGGCGACAGAUUGGUGGCUUCUGUCCGCAGCCUGUCCGAGAGGAGCCUGCGAGGGGGCUCCGGCGCCGCCGCCGCCGCCGCCGCCACCAGAGGCCACGUGAAGCCACUGGGGCUGAAGGAGAUCUUGGGCUAUCUGAGCAGCCAGGAGCGGCUGUCGGAGGAGAAGCUGACCCGGGGCAAAGUCAAAGUGGUCAUGGAGAGAGAGGUGGCGAGAGGCAGGCUGCGCAGGACCCGCUGCGGGAACAUCACUCUCCCUCUGAGGGGGAUGGCGGUGGAGGAGCCGACGCCGAAGAACGCGCCCGCUGACAGACUUGCGAAGAGCGCACUGCAGGACAGGCACGCUGUGAAAAAGCCGCCGCCUCCCCCUCUUGUCCAGCAGAAUGAGCCGAUGGAAACAGGCAGCGAGGAAGAGGCGGAGGAUGAUGGUCCCCGGAGUUCUGAUGAGGAGGGAGGACCAUCCCCGGUAGCCAUGACAACCGAACCAGGGCUCAUUGAGAAAACCACGGAAGAUGCUGAGAUCCAGAAGGCAUCAAAGCAGGAGAGCCCCCAUCAGCAGCAGCAGCAGCAGCAGCAGCAGCAUGGGGGCAAAGGGAUGGAUUCCCUCACCAGGACACCGUCCCCACCUGUUCAGGGAGUUUCAUCCUCGGAGGAGAGAGCUGUCCUCCCAGAUCACCUACAUAUGGCAGCACAAAAUCAGCUGCAGCACGACAGGAAUGACCACAUCUCCUCAGGCUCUAACAACUUAGAGUGUAAGACAGAGGUCAGCGUGUCGUCCUGCCUGCUCACACCCACUGCUUCCCCGAGAGACUCUGGCCAGUCUGAAGAACGAGGGAUAAGUGAAGGAGUUAGCAGUGGAGGGUUUAUGAAGUCUGAGGGGGCCAGUGGGAACCCGGUGGACUGGACAGUGUCUGAUGUGGUCAGUUAUUUCACAGCAGCAGGUUUCCCUGAGCAGGCUGCUGCCUUCAGGACACAGGAAAUCGAUGGGAAGUCCCUUCUCCUCAUGCAGCGUAACGAUGUUUUGACUGGUCUGUCAAUUAGGCUCGGCCCCGCCCUCAAGAUCUAUGAGCGUCAUGUAAAGGUUCUGCAGAAAACACACUUUGAGGAUGACGACUGCUAACAAAACACACAUGAAAUACACACAGAGACUGUUAUGUUUGUAUUUACAUAUAUAUUUCAAGUAAUCAUAUAAAUAUGCAUGCAUGAUAUACAAUAUGCUUUACUUUUCAUCUAAUGUAAAACAGCACACGCGCGCACACACACAUACACACACACGCACACACACAACUCUGUUUCUCUUCCACCUGGCUCUGUACGACUGCUCUGGUCCAUAAACUACACACAGUCACGAGAUUGGAUUUCCUGGACAACAAGGAUUUUCUAGAGCCAAAAUGUUGGAGGGAGGGAGCAGACUCGUAAAAUUUUAGGAUGCAGAGGUUCAAAACAGUCAUGCAAUUUCUUUUUUUUAUUUUUAUUUGCAAUGAUCAAGCACUUUGCAGUUUCUUUAUGAAACUUUGCAAGAUUGUUUGUCUUUAAAGUGUUAUUUCAUGUUGACCUUUAUGCACAUUUUGAAAGAGGUCCUGGUUAUUCUGUGCGGAAGGAAUUUCGGUUCGUCUUUUUUUUUUUUUGGGGGGGACUGGGAUGCAAGGAUGUCUUACUGUGGGUGCGCGUUCGUCGAUAUACACAGAGACAGAGCAUGUUGACCAGAUUUAAUACAUUCCCAGAAACUGGAGUGGAUGCUGACCCAUCAUAGUAGUCCUAUACUGUACGUCAAGAUAAAAUUCUGGUGCAGGGUUCACGGCUUUUUACAAACGGUCGUUGGUCAAAGCAAUAAGCUGAUAAUUCCUAGAUGUUUGAUGGGUCAUUGGACCUUGUCAGCUAGUAGAUCAGCAGGUGAUUGACUUUUUGUCGCUUAAUGUCUCAGAUGAAAAUCUAUGACAUAAACGUGCUCAUAAUGUUUUUAAACAGAGCUAGCCAUGAUCUGUUCUGGCCUAUGCAUCACCACAUCAGGGACUGGUUUCACAAAGACAGACUUCGACUGUGGUUUAGAUUUCAGACAGACGCCUAAAUAUACAGAAUCUCUCGCACAAAACUGUCUAGUUCUUGACUAUCUCAAGUAGAACUAAAUUGCUAUUAAUUGCGGGUAAAUUGCAACUUGCUUUGUCAGACUAAAACACAGGGCUGACCGAGCAAACGCAGCCAAUAACUCAGCUCCGUUCAGUCCAGCAGAAAACAUUUCCCUUCUGGAUAAAAUUCAAUGAUAAUAUUAAAGUUUUACUGGGAAAAUUCAGCAAAGAGUGUAACAAUAAAAGAAGGUCCAUUAGAAUGAAAUGUCAGUGCAGUGCAGACCUGUAGCAGAGCUGAGAUGCUGUGUCUUCUUAAUGUGGCGGGACUUUGUUCUGCUAACUUGCGGUCAGGAUCAAGGUUGGGUUGCACCAACUCUUCCUAAAUCCAUCACAAAGUUUGAACUUAAAGUCCUUCCUAAGUUCUUAGGGACUACUUAGCUAGUUUACUCAAUCGGCUUGUGCCAUUAAAACUUCAGCAAAGCACUGUCCAAUCAAGAACAAUGAGCUAUGUAAACAGAAAGUCACUGGAGGAUUAUAAAAUAGCAUAAAUUGCAAAAAUGACCGUUUUAGAGACACAAACGACAUAGCUUUUGUAAUGUAAUUGUUUGUUUUAUCUAGAUCUGCAUGUAUUUCAGAUUAGUAGUAGUAGUAUUCAUUCAGAACAGAUUGAGGAGGAAAUAUCUGAUUAUGCUAACCUAACUGAUGUCAUUUACGCAUGUAAAUGGCAUUUCGUAAUUGUGUUAUUUUUUGAAAUGUUGUUGAAGUCUUCAAGAUUUACAUGGUUAUUAAAGAGCACUGAUGAAGUUAAAGAUCAGAUGUGUCGAUCGUAUUUCAUAUGAUCUCAUAUAGUCUUCACUCUAAGUGGGUCGUAUUUACCAAGCUAACGUUAGCUUUGUCUUUGUUGGCUCAGUUAGCUACACAACAGUUAUAUUUGGCAGUUACGGGGCGUAAAUACAAUACAAUACGAUUACCUAACCUUUACAUAGGCAGUAGUUCAUGAGGUGCAACCCACAUUAGACUAAUCUAAGACCAAAAUUAAGACUGAUCUAACACCACAGACCAGUCUACAAUAUCUUUGUGAAACUGGCCCCAGAGUAGACUGCAGAAAUGUUGAUCAAACACACCAGCUAACUGAACUGAAAUUUGCAGAACAAUCGACUCGCAACUAUAUAUAGUAAAGUGAAUAUUUAAAUAUAUUGAAACAUACUCCAUUUAAUAAAUUAGCCAUUUGUAUAUUAUCGGAAUAACUUUGUCUAACUGAAAGAUGUUAUCGCAGGGUAAAGCUGAGUCAAUCAAUCAACUAAUCUCAUACCAGCAUUUUUUAACUGUUUUUACUGGUCACACCUUAGAAACCAAAUGCUGUCAAACUGUCAGUCAACUCAUUCCUACCUGCACUGUAACGGCAUGCAUUCCAGGUUUUGCAUUGCAAAAAUAACUGGGUUUUUUUCUUCUUGUUAUGUUCAUGUUUAUAUUUCUGUUUUCAGCAUAAUGGCUUUCAUUUUGUGAACGUUUUCAGUCCAUUCUCCACACAAUGAUGUUUAAAUUGCUAUUACUUUGCGCAUUCAAACCUCCUCUACCUCUCUCCCCUCAUUUCCCCCUUACUUUCACUUUCUUUUGAAGAACACAUUUUCAUCUUAUUACAGUUGGUGGAAGGUGUAUGUUACAGUGUCUCUUGCCACUGUUAACAUCACUUCAUUCCUAUAUGUAAAAAUCCGUAGGAGAGGACAGCUGUGUCUGAGUCUCACGGGGGGGGGGGUGUACAGUAUGCCCUUGUUGCUUGUCUCCUG